GUGUUCGGAGGAGGACGGGAGAGGAAGGCGCUCCUGGGACCGCGCGGGCGCACGGCUUCUGGCUCUUCCCCGCGUCCUUGCGGUUUGGGGAAGGCGUAACCGGGCGGCGGGGCGCGGGAGAACCGCAGAGAAGCCAUGGGCGCCGGGAGCUCCACCGAGCAGCGGAGCCCGGAGCAGCCGGAGGCGGGGAGCGCGACGCCGGCCGAGCCCGAGCCCGGCAGCGGCGGCCCCGCGGCGGAGGCGGCGCCCGGCGCCCCGGGGGACCCCGCCGUCGCCGCCCCGGACCCCGCCACCAAGCUCCUACAGAAGAAUGGUCAGCUGUCCACCAUCAAUGGCUUAGCCGAGCAAGAAGAGGUCAGCCUCCAGGAGGGAGCCUUGGAUGGCCAAAUGGAGGAAGUCAUUGUCGCAGAGGAUGUUGGACAGAGGGAGUCUGAAGAUGUGAGUGAAAGAGACUCAGAAAAAGAGAUGGCUGCUAACUCCGCGGUUUUUCAGGACAUCACAAAGGCUGGGCAGGAGGAAAUGCCUGAAAUAAUCGAACAGGUUCCUUCUUCAGAAAGCAAUCUAGAAGAGCUAACACAACCUGCUGAGUCCCAGACUAAUGAUGUUGGAUUUAAGAAGGUGUUUAAGUUUGUUGGCUUUAAGUUCACUGUGAAGAAGGAUAAGGCCGAGAAGUCUGACAGUGUCCAACUACUCACUGUCAAAAAAGAUGAAGGCGAAGGAGCAGGAGGGUCAGAUGGGGCUGGGGACCACCAGGAGCCCGGCCGGGAGACCGCAGAAGCAACACCCAAAGAAAGUGAACUGAAACACUCUACAGAGAAACCUGAAGAGACUCUUAAACACGAGCAGAGCGACACGGAAAUUCCUCUUCCAGCUGAGUCGGGUCCAGCAGCAGAGGAAGGCAAAGAUGAAGGAGAAGAAAAACAAGAAAAAGAACCCACCAAGCCUCCAGAGUCUCCAACUAGUCCAGUGGCCAGUGAAACAGCAUCGCCCUUCAAAAAGUUCUUCACCCAAGGUUGGGCUGGCUGGCGAAAAAAGACGAGUUUCAGGAAGCCUAAGGAGGAUGAGCUGGAAGCCCCCGAGAAGAAAAAGGAGCAAGAGCCAGAAAGAGUAGACACAGGAGAAAAUGAAAAGACAGAAGACACUUCCGAGAAAUUGGCUGCUUCUGAACAACCACGCCCCCAGGAGGCCACACAGGGUGUCAGCGAGGCCAGAUUGUUAGCUGAGUAUGAAGAAGUGGAGCUACCCUCUGACGAUCAAGUGCAGGAACCUCCUGUAGAGAAACCUGCUCCUUUAGCAACAGAAAUAUUUGACGAAAAAGUAGAGAUUAUUGCAGAAGUCCACGUGAGCACCGUAGAGAAGAAAACAGAGGAGCAGAUAGCUGAGGCAGAAGAAAUAGUAGAGUCUUUGCCACCUGAAAAGUUGGUUGAAACAAACGUUGAACUUGAGGAAGCUGCACCUGCUGAGGAGCUAACGACGGAAGAAGUGUGUGCCCCCGGGGGGGACCAGACCAAGCCAAGUGAGCUAAGUCUUGAUGAAAAACCGUUGUCUCCACACCCUGAAGGCGUUGUAAGCGAGGUGGAAAUGCUAUCAUCGCAAGAGAGAAUAAAGGUGCAAGGAAGUCCUCUAAAGAAACUUUUUACUAGCACUGGCUUAAAAAAGCUUUCUGGAAAGAAACAGAAAGGGAAAAGAGGAGGAGGAGAUGAAGAGUCAGGAGAACAUCAGCUUUCAGCAGAUUCUCCAGAUAGCGCAGAGGAACAAAAGGGCGAGAGCUCUGCCUCUUCCCCUGAAGAGCCUGAGGAGAUCACGUGUCUCGAGAAGGGCGUAGCGGACGUCCACCAGGAUGGGGAAGUUGAGGAAGGAGUCACUUCUGAUGGAGAGAAAAAGAGAGAAGGCGUGACUCCCUGGGCAUCUUUCAAAAAGAUGGUGACGCCCAAGAAACGUGUGAGAAGGCUUUCUGAAAGUGACAAAGAAGAUGAAUUGGAUAAGGUGAAGAGUGCUACCUUGUCUUCCACAGAGAGCGCAGCCUCCGAGGUUCAAGAAGAAGUGAAAGUAAACGGAGAAGAGCAGAAGCCAGAAGAACCAAAGCGCAAGGUGGAUACCUCAGUAUCUUGGGAAGCUUUAAUUUGUGUGGGAUCAUCCAAGAAAAGGGCAAGAAGAGCGUCAUCUUCUGAUGAGGAAGGGGGACCAAAAACGACAGGAGGAGACAGCCAAAAACCAGAAGAAACAGGACCAGACACUGUCCCUGCGAGUUCCCAAGAGCACGAUCAAGGGCCGGGAAGUUCCUCACCUGAGCAGCCUGGGAGCCCCUCUGAAGGGGAGGGCGUUUCCACCUGGGAGUCAUUUAAAAGAUUAGUCACUUCAAGGAAAAAACCGAAGGCAAAACUGGAAGAGAAAAGUGAAGACGCUGUAACUGGGUCUGGUGUAGAACAUUCCACUGCAGACAUUGAACCUGGGAGAGAAGAGUCUUGGGUUUCAAUUAAGAAAUUUAUUCCUGGACGAAGGAAGAAAAGGGCAGAUGGGAAACAAGAACAAGCCACUGUUGAAGAUACAGGGCCGACAGAAGUCACCGAAGAUGAUUCUGAUGUCCCAGCCGUAGUACCUCUGUCUGAGUAUGAUGCAGUAGAAAGGGAGAAAAUCGAAGCUCAGGAAGCCCAGGAAAGUGAGGAGAAGCCUGAGCCGAAGGUAGCUGUUUAUGUGUCUGAGGAGCUCAGUAAGAGUCUGGUUCAAGCGGUGACCGUGGCUGUCGUCGAUGGGGCAAGGGCCGUCGCCGAUAUUGAAGAAAGGUCGCCUUCUUGGAUAUCUGCUUCUGUGACUGAACCUCUCGAACAAGACGAAGAUGAAGCCAAACCACAAACUGGGGAGGUAUUUGAAAGAGAAGUCAUUGCAGAGGAAACUCCCAUUGUUCCCAAGACCCUGCCAGAGAGCCAAGAUGCCGGUGAUGACGCGAUUGUUAGUGAGGUGGAAGUAAUUUCUGAAGCUGUGACAGCUACGGAGGCAUUUUGUGCUGAAGAAACAGCAGAAGCAUCUGGUGCCGAAGAGACCACCGACAUGGUUUCAGCUGUCUCCCAGUUAACUGACUCUCCAGACACCACAGAGGAAGCAACUCCAGUUCAGGAGGUGGAAGGCGGCAUGCCAGACAUAGAAGACCAAGAGAGGCGAACUCAAGAGGUCCUACAGGCGGUCGCAGAAAAAGUUAGAGAAGAAUCUCAGCUGCCUGACUCCAGAGGGCCAGAAGACACAAUUCAGACAACGCAGAAAGAAGAGUCAGAAACACCAGAGAAGGUGGAAGAAGCAGAAGAGAGUUCUCACACGCUAGAUCUGAAGAAAGAGAUGGAUGUAGUGUUGAAGGAACACGUACAAGAAACUAAAACUGAGACUUUGACACAAGAGAAGGUGAUUGUACAGGCCAUCCCAGAAAGCUUUGAAAGAGUUCCUCAAGUCACAGAAAGUGUAGAGUCCAGUGAGCUUACAACCACUUGUCAAGCUGAAACCUCGGUUGAGGUAAAAUCAGAGAUUAUACCAGAACAGCCUGUGGCUCCUGACACAGCCGAAACCCUUACAGACAGUGAGACCAAUGGAAGCACCCUAGUGGCAGAUAUCGAAGCUGUAAAUGUAACACAGCAAGACAAGAUCAUGGCCAUCCAUGACGAUGAUGAGGUGGCAUGUGGGACAGAAUCACAGGUCACAGAAGGUGAGGCAGUUCCUGCACCAAAAGAGACAUCUCCAGUACCUUCUACUUUCCAACCCCAGGAAGAAGAUACAGAACAUUCAAAAAUGGAAGAGGUUCUAGAACAUACGGAUGAAGAGGUAUCAGCAGAAAGCAUACCCAUUCUUUCAGAGACUGAGGUGAUUCAAGAGGCUGGCCAGUGUGCUGAUGAGGAAGCCAAAGACGUCCCAUUUGUCGAAGGACUUGAGGUGUCUGCAGACACAGAAAUAACAGCCGGUGAGAAAAAGAUAACUGACGUCGCCCUUGAUGAUGAUGUUCCCAAAGAAGCUGAAUUUCAAAAGAAUGAUGUUGAACCCCAGAGUCAUCCUCAGUCUCUUCCAACCCCAGUGGAGAGUGAGAUGGUAGUUCAAGUAGAAAGGGAGAAAAUGCAAGCAGAGCCAACCCAAAUGAGUGAAGAGGAACUUGAGCAGAAAGCAGCUGUUACCAUAUCUGAGGAGCUCAGUAAACAACUGGUUCAGACAGUCAGUGUGAGCGUCAUAGACGGGGAAAAGGAAGUUAUCACUUUUGAAGAACGUUCAUCUCUGCUGGUUCAGGAGGAAGCAGCAUGCACAGAAAUUCAAGUUGAAAGCUCUGGGGCACCAUUAACAGCGGCAACAGUGGAAGAGAAGGUCCUGGGAGAAACUGUCAAGAUUUUAGAAACGGCUGAAACUUUGGAAUCUGCAGCCGCACGUUUAGUACCAGAAGAGAAAUGCUCUGAAAAAGAUGAAGACUUGACUGAUAAGCUGCAGGAGGAUGCAGUGCCCACGGGGACUGAGUCUCAGGCAGAAUCCAUACCAGUAGUAGUAUCUACUACCCCUGAAAAAGGCAUCCAUGCUGACCUGGAAGGAGAUAAAGCCACAUUGCAGAAAUGGAAGUCAGAUGGAGACGACGAGCGGGUUGGCUGUGAGGACGUCACAGAGAUGGAAACAAGAGAGGCAGAUCUAAAGGCUGAAAAGGAGAUUUUGCAACUUGAGACUGAGAGCGGGAAGCUUGUACAAAACGUCAUUCAGACCGUUGUUGACCAGUUAGCCAGUGCCGAAGAAACAGCCCCUGACAUCCAGACACAGGCUCAGCUGAUAAAAGCAGACAACCAGGAAGCUGGGCAGGAAAUUGAGGAAGAAGAAAGGGAACUUCAGGCCUCUGUGCAGGAGGAAACACCAACUAUGGCAGCCAAAGAGGAGUCCACACUAACCACUGUGGAACACACACAUGCAGAUAUUUCCAAAGAUGGGGAUGAAGCUUCAGAAGAGACCACGACCGUUGAGGUAGAAAGCUACAUAGUAAACGACCAGCAGCUUGAAGAGGUAAUUCUCCCACCCAAGGAAAAGGGAGAAGCAACUGGAACAAAGUCUGUGCCAGAAGAUGAUGAUCAUGCCGAGUUAGGAGACAGAAUAGAGAAGUCACCACUUGAAUCCCAGGAAGAUGGAAAGGGUGAUGCUGUUGAUUACCCUGAGAGCCAGAACUUAGCCCUGGAAGAUACUGAGGCCUCGGGAGGCUUAACCAGAGAGUCCCCGGAUGCAAAUGGACCAAAACUAAAAGAGAAGGAAGAUGGCCAGGAAGGGAAAAUGCAUAGUGAGUCAGAGAAAGAGAUCGAAACACACACACAGGAGGAGACACAGAAACAAGAGAGAGAAUCAGCAAAAUCGGAACUUACAGAAUCCUAAAAUAUUAUUUAAACUGGUGUAUUUGCAAGACCAGAAUGUGAAGACAAGUAGUAGAAGAAAAGGGAUGCUGCUGAGAACACUCAAGACCGAGAUUCCAGAACUUAGAGACCCGAAGAGCAGGCACAUCAGCUGAUCUCAUGUCUCGAGGACCCCCGACAAUCCUGAGGCUUCAUCAGGAGCGAGAGCCAUUUAGCAUUUCCUCUUUUCAAGACGACCCUGUUACUGUCCCUCAAUACCAUGUAAUGUUUCUGAUUUAAGGUCCUAAGUUCUUAACCUGGAACUGGAGUUGACAACACCUAGUUCUGCUUCUCAAACUGGAGCAUCAUUCUUUAUGUAUUUAUAUGUAUGUUUUAAGUAAUCCUCCUUCUGUAUCUAUUGUAUAUUUUUUUCAUAAUGUUUCAGGAAGUGUGCAGUAUAGUACAUUCCUUUUGUAUCACACACUAUAUGACAGGGCAUACAGCCAUGGUGAAGCCUGGGGAAGCUUUAAGCCUCACUUAUAACCUGUGAAAACAGAGCUUCAGCAUUCCUGACCAGAAGCUACAAUUCCUACUUUAAAAUUCACUAAGGAUUAGAUCCGUGUUUAGUAUUGCUCUGAAAUUGGUCACUUUCCUGUUAUGCACAAGUGUGCUGAAAAUAAAGAGCAUUCUUUUUUUUUUUUUUGAAACAUACAGAAUGUUCCAUUGUUACUGUGAAAUUUUUCUUUCUAGCCCAGUGGAGGUUGGAAGGAGGGUUUUUUUCAGUAAUGCAUUAACUUUAAGUCUUUCCCCCUAAUUGUUAGGAUUUUGGGGACAGGUGAUCCUGAGGCAAAGCAGUGAAAUGUUUUUCGUUAUCAGGAAAAGAACUGACUGUUGAAGUUUUUGAUUCUGCUGUCACGUGCUGGGCCCCAUUCACACCCAGCACGAAGGAGGUCAGACUCUUCACAAAUGGAUUUUGAAAGAUGCUGGAUUGUGUCUGUGUCCACUCUUCUAAGAGCAAUGUUGCAUUAUGUUCAUUUGGAUAAAUUGUGAUUUGACAAUUGAUUUAAAUAAAAUAUUUGCUUCAUUUA